AUGGAGCUCAUCUCCGCUCCUACGAUGCUCUUUCUAGACGAGCCUACCUCUGGGCUUGAUUCAACAACGGCCAUGGUGCUCAUGGAGCUGCUAAAGAGUAUUUCGGAAACGGGUGUGAUUGUCGUGUGCAUACUUCAUCAGCCGCGGCAUGAGAUCUUUGACACGCUAGACCACGUUAUGCUCAUGGCGGAAGGCAUGCAGCUAUACGCAGGCUCACCAGGAGAAGCUGCAGAAUACUUCUAUAGCCAUGGCUUUGUCAUACCCAAGGAUGCUAACCCCGCAGACUGUCUGCUGGAUAUCGCUGCCUCAAAAGCAAGAAGCGCAUCGUCCCAUAUAGGAACUGUCGACACGGUGCAACAGCUUGCGCGGGUGUGGGAACAACAACAUCGUGUCCAGCGCGAAGCCACGCAGCAUACCAGGGUCAAGCUCGAAAAUAUUGAAGCAUCACCAGACGCAGUAGCCGAUCUAGAAUAUGCUGCUGCGCUACGGGGUGCGUCGUGGCUGCGGCAAGUCCAGUACUGUUAUGUGCGGGCAAUGAAGCAACAGUUGCGACAACCCAUAAGCCUGCUCUUGGAGACCGCUGUUGGAGGAGUCGCAGGAUUACUCAUUGGUUUAGGGCUCUAUUCGAACAAAGGCAUGCAUUUUCAAGGAGUGUAUCUCACCCCGUUUGAGAUGCUGUCAAGUGCGGUGGAUUACACAACAGUACCGAAGAUUGGAAACAUGAUAACACUUGCCAUAGGUAGGUCGCCAGACAUAGAGACAUGUUUCGUCAUUUCACUGACUAUAGUGCGUCACAUAGCUCUUGCAGCGUCAGCGCCCGGCGUAAGCACCUUUGGCGAUGAAAGUACGUACAAGAUGCCGACCCGCGCACAACAAGAUCGAGUCAAGUCAGACUGA